AUGAUUACAGACUACUACGACAAGCAGGGCAGGAUGUGGUUCAUGUUUUUCAAACUCUUCUAUGUUCUUUCGACCGUUCCAAUAAAGGCCAGCAUUUGCGUUGCAUUACUUCGCAUUACAAAUCAAAAGAUCUAUCACUACAUCAUAUAUGCUGUCAUUGCUUUAUCAACUAUCGCUGCUGUGGUCACUGAUAUCGCCGUACUGGCUUGGUGCAAACCUGUCUCCGCCACUUGGGACCCAAGCCUGGGGUCAUGCGCCGACGCCUCUCUGAUUACCAACGUUUCUUACUACAUUUCAGCGACUUCGAUCCUUACAGACUGGACCACCGCGAUCUUGACUGCCGUCAUAUUAUGGGAUGUCCAACUUCACUACAGAAUAAAGGUUCCAGUGAUGAUUCUUUUAGGGUUCGGUUUCGUUGCUAGUACUGCGACACUCUCCAUAACCGAGUCAGGACUGGGCCUGAUUGCCGGUUCCAUAGCCACACUGCGCCCCUUGCUCAAGUACAUUCCAUGGCUUGGUUCCAUAUCAUCAUCCAGCGGUGGUGCCACAGCAAAGUCAGGAAAAACCCGUCCACCGGGAGCCAGCUCACACAGGAUGCAUUCACUGGCCCACCGUAGCGAGAUCGCUAUUCAUACCGUGGUCCAAGGUGGCGAUAACGAUUGCUGGGAACGGUUGUCGGAUAACGAGAGUCAGAAGCACAUCAUGGGAGUCACUAGUCAUCCCAGCGGCAACAUGAAGGGCAUUACUGUAACGACGGAUGUCGUUCUACAAGAGAGCACAUCCGACGACCCCAGUGUUGCAGCUAGUAAGCCGUAA